GGCGGGGCGACAGCUGCCUGCGCUUCUCGCCGCUCGGCACCGCGGCCGCGCCGUCGGUGGCGCUGGGCUACCCCGGUGCCGGCGGAAGGAGCCGUCUUUUCCACUGGGUGUCACUCCGAGGCGGGAGAGGCGCCUUCAAAAGCCGAGGGGAGGGAGAAGUCCGCCGACACACUCGCCUGCACCGGCAGCGCGCCCGCCGCUGCCCGCCACGCCGCGGCACGGGCGGCAGCCGCUCCGCUUCCUGCGGGCCGGGACGCUCCCGGCUCUCCGCCUCGGAGCCGGCGCGGGGCGGAGAGUCAUCGGUUGGUGCCGGCUGCCCCCCGACCCCAGCCCCUGCAGACGGAGGACGUCGGCCCUGCCGGCCCAUGCGAGAAGGAUGCUGGAGAGCGGCUGCAAGGCGGUGAAGGAGGGCGUGCUGGAGAAGAGGAGCGACGGGCUCCUGCAGCUCUGGAAGAAGAAGCGCUGCAUCCUCACGGAGGAGGGGCUGCUCCUCAUCCCUCCGAAGCAGCAGCCACCGCAACCGCAGCAGCAGCAGCCGCCGCCGCCGAUGCCGGCCGAACCGGGGACCAAGAUAAAGGAGCUUCACUUCUCCAACAUGAAGACGGUGGAUUGCGUGGAGCGGAAGGGCAAGUACGUGUACUUCACGGUGGUGAUGGCCGAGGGGAAGGAGAUCGACUUUCGGUGCGCGCAGGAGCAGGGCUGGAACGCGGCGAUCACGCUGCAGAUGGUGCAGUACAAGAACCGCCAGGCCAUCCUGGCCGUCCGCUCCACCCGCCAGAAGCAGCAGCACCUGGCGCAGCAGCCGCACGGCCCGCGCCUCCGCACCGCCUCCAACUCCGCCUAGCGCAGGUUAAGUCAGCGGAGGGCUUCGGGGAAGCGGGACUGAGCGCGUUUGUGGCGGACGUACUUCAGUGGGUGAGAAACUGGGCAACUGGGCAAGCGCCAGAGAUGCGGGUGGACUGGAGAGAAGCGGCUCAACAACCUGAACCCAGCCAGCUGCUGCUGCUGCCUUGCCACCCUCGGUGCCGAGAAGCAUUUCAAAUCUAUUAUUUAUGGACCUUGGAAAGUGUCCGCUGGUGCAGUGGGACUUCUAGGAGACAUGAUGCACUGUAACUCUAUUUUAAUGUAUUUUAUUUUAUUUAUUGGAGUUGGUUGGGUUUUGAAGUUGUUUUGGGGUUUUGGCUUUUUUUAAAGCCUUCUUGCAAGACACUUCUGAAUGUAGGCUAUAUUCAAAAAGGCAAAGGAAAAUCAAGGCAUACAUUUGCUCCCAAGAGGAACUACAAAGUGGUUUGGCCGUGUGCAAUUUGACAAAAGAGCUUUCCAGUUUUGCUCGAGAUCUGUUAUGUUACCCUGACAUGGAAAAUGUGAUGUGUGGUUUGGAAUUCGUCUAGAGCCCAUACUGCAUAAAGAAACCCGGUGAGGCUAACAAUUACAGCCUGGGGUGCAAGUGUGUUCCUUUCAAAAUGUGAUGCGUGGAGGAAGAUGAAGAAGUUCACUCACCCUUGGUAGUUCAGAAAGUGACGUUGCUCAUUGUUCUGAGAUGAGCACCCCUCUGGUGACUGUAUGAGCAGAGAGGGUCCUGACUGACCUCUUUUGCCAUCCAGGAUGGCAGCUGGAUUCUGCUCACCUCUUUGGUGUGAUGCUCCUAGGCUGCAGGGCCAGAAAAGAGUCUGUGAAUGCUUCUUAGUGUCCAAGUUCAGGGCUGCCUCGGCAUGGUUGGCUUGCAAGCAGUCUGAGCUCUCCACCUAUGCUGAAUUUUCGUGGUAGCUCUUAAAUGCCUUGUAUUAAAGCAACCCCUAGUUUAAAA